AUGGCAGCACCGCUCCUCCUCUCGUGGCCCGACUCCGUUCGCCUAAACGUGACCGCCUCCGAUCGGCUAAUAACAUUUACCCGCGGAGCCACAAUUUUCGAUAGUGCUCCUCGCAGCGGUUACCCUGAUCCUGUCCCCGGUGCGGAGCUGUCCCCCGAGGUGUGUGUGUGCAAGUGGAAGGGCGGCAAGCAGACCGUGGAAUGCGGGGGCCAGCAGCUGUCCAACCUGCGGGGCAUGGACCCCGGCACCCAGGUGCUCAACUUUAGCGGUAAUGCCCUGCAGGUGCUGCAGUCGGAGCGCUUCCUGCGCAUGGACUUGCUCAACCUGCAGAAGAUCUACCUGUCCCGGAACCAACUGAUCCGGAUCCAUGAGAAGGCCUUCCGGGGCCUGACCAACCUGGUGGAGCUGGAUCUUAGCGAUAAUGCGUUGCAGAAUGUGCCGAGCGAGACCUUCCAGGACUAUAGCUCCCUGAUGCGCCUUUCGCUCAGCGGAAAUCCCAUAAGGGAAUUGAAAACCUCAGCCUUUCGCCACCUGUCGUUCCUCACCACGCUGGAGCUGUCCAACUGCCAGGUGGAGCGCAUCGAAAACGAGGCCUUUGUGGGCAUGGACAAUCUGGAGUGGCUGCGUCUGGAUGGCAACAGAAUUGGCUUCAUCCAGGGCAACCACAUCCUGCCCAAGUCGCUGCAUGGCAUCAGCCUGCACAGCAACCGCUGGACCUGCGACUGUCGCCUCCUGGACGUCCACUCCUGGCUGGUUAACUACAACACUCCGCUUGCGGAGGAGCCCAAGUGCAUGGAACCGGCGCGCCUGAAGGGCCAGGUGAUCAAGGGCCUCCAGCGACAACUGGCCUGCCUGCCGGAGGUGAGUCCUCAGUCCAGCUAUACAGAGGUGAGCGAGGGAAGGAAUAUGUCCAUCACCUGCUUGGUGAGGGCCAUUCCAGAGCCAAAGGUCCUCUGGUUGUUUAACGGCCAGGUGAUGAGCAACGACAGCCUGAUGGAUAACCUGCACAUGUUCUACUACAUCGAUGAGACCAUCGGCAACAGUGGUGCCGAGGAGAAGCGCAGCGAGAUCUUCAUCUACAACGUGGGCGCCGAGGACAAUGGCACCUUCUCCUGCGUGGGUCAGAAUAUCGCCGGAAACUUUAGCAACUACACGCUGCGGGUUAUCAUUAAAGAGCCGCCGGUGGUCAACGAGGUUUCCUUUCCGCGGGACUACAUGAACUAUAUAGUAGCCAGCAGCGCCGGCGGUGGCAUCAUCUUCGUGGUGCUCCUUUGCACCAUAGUGGUCAAGUGCAAGAAGCCCUCGGAACCGGCCAAGCAGCGCAAGAAGUGUGACCAGGUGACGAGCAUAGCUGGCGGCACGGACUCCUCUACGGGCAGUGCCCAGGACACGGGCAUGAUGAAAUGCGCCUCGAUUCUGAACGACGGAGGCGACAGCCUCAAUGGGAACGCUGGUCUGCUGCUAGGGGAUACUCUCACACCGACCAAGGCUGCUAAUGGAGCAGCCGGAGGUGGCAUCAUUCUGGGCACCAGUGAAGCAAAACUGCUGCUCUAUGCCACGCCGAAUCCCGCACAGCACAGCUGCAAUGAAUGUAACCUGAUGGGAUCUGGUCCGGAUCGCCGCCCUUCUUUGAGCAAUGGCCAUGGAUUGGCCGCUGCCUACUGCUCUCCACCGGCCUCCCUGCGAAACUAUCAGGAGAAGAAUCCUGACCUGGUCAACGAUGCGGAGAGCGUGAAGCACAAGCUAAAGACGGCGGUGAGUCUGGACGGAGCCGGUGAGUACGAGACCCAGAGCGACUGUGGACAGUACGAAGGCUGCUACCAGCUGGCGGCAGCUCCACAUCCCGGACACCCCGGGCAUCCUGGACAUCCCGGGGUGCAUCCGCAUCCACUGCCAGGACACCCUCUAAUGGGACGCUUCACCCAGGCGAUGACCACACUGCCCAGGGGCAUGCAGCUGAAACCGGCACCGCAUCAAGUGGACGUGCACCUGAACCUGUGUUUCCUGGGUCAGGACGGGGCCUUUGCCUACGACUACAGCAGUGCCCACCUGGUGCAGCAGUCACCGCAGCAGCAACAGCAUCAGCAGCAGCAGCAACAAGUGCAGCCUGCUGCCAAUUUCUACAGAACGCUACCCCAUAACAGGUUGCACAAGCAGCAGCAGUUCCAGGCGGCGGCGGCAGCCGGUGGUGGUGCCGGCAAUCCCACCCUGCGCUACAGCCUGGAGGCGGAGUUCAUCCAGCGUGGUCCCACGGUCAGCUACGAGAAGUAUCAGCUGCCCAAUGUGCGCUUCACCGCCGAGGGAUAUCCGCAGCAGCAGCAGCAGCAACAGAUCCUGCAGCAGCAACAGCAGCAGAUCCUGCAGCAGCAACACCAAUUCCCAUCGCCUCCGGAGGGCUACAAGAGCGACCUGGCCGUGAUGCCGGCGCCGUUCCAGCAGUGGCCCAGCUGCCUGCCGGGCUACCGAUUCGCCCAGUCGCCCACCAGUCAGCCAGCGGUGGCCACACCGCCCGGACAGCAGAAUCCACCGGCAACGGCGUCGGGCCAGGCGCAGGGUCAGACCUGCAGCAUUCCCGAGCUGGACGAGAGCGAGGAGUCGCCGCGUCUGGAGGAGGCCGCCUCCGCUGCCGCUGCUGCAGUGCCUCCGGCCAGCGAGAAGGCGACCGGAGGCCGCGAACUUAAACAGCUUAACGGUCCCUUGGCCGACAGUCCCGACGAGGGAUACGUGGGCGAUGGGCAGGAGACCAGCGACAUUUGACCCGGCCAGCAGCCAGCCCGGAGCCAGGACGAUGCGGCCUUAGACGAUUCAGUGGCCCUGUAAGCGGCCAGGCUGA